CAAGCUGGAAGGCGCUCAGGGAAAAAAAUAGGGGAGAAGGGAACACCCUCGAAUUGUUUGGGGAUCGCUGAUGUUAUGAUUCUGCCGCUGGGAUCAUGGCUCCCUUUGGAAGGAAUUUAUUAAAAACCCGGCAUAAAAACAGGUCUCCCAACAAGGACAUGGCUUCAAAUGAAAGAGAGAUUGUGGUUUGGGUUUGCCAGGAAGAGAAGAUUGUAUGUGGCCUGACAAAGCGCACAACAUGCGCAGAAGUGAUUCAAGCACUGCUUGAGGAACAUCAGGCAACAUUUGGAGAGAAAAAGGUCCUUUUUGGAAAACCUAGUGAUUACUGCAUUGUAGAAAAAUGGAGAGGCUCAGAACGAGUACUUCCUCCCUUGACAAAGAUUCUGAGACUUUGGAAGGCCUGGGGGGAAGAGCAGUCUAAUUUGCAUUUUGUGUUGGUAAAGUCAGAUGCUUUCCUCUCAUUUCCAUUGUGGAAGACCGCUGAAGCUAAGGUAGUACAAAAUGUAGAAAAACAGUGGGAGCUCAGUCCAGCAAAUUACAUGAAGAUGUUGCCAAUAGACAAGCAAAAGAAAAUUGUAAGAAAGACUUUCCGGAAACUGGCCAAGCUUAAACAGGACAGUGUUCAGCAAGAGAGAGAUAAUAUGGAGACACUGAUUCAUCUGAUCAUUUCUCAAGAUCAUACCAUUCAUCAACAAGUCCUUAGAAUGAAGGAACUAGAUAUGGAAAUUGAAAAAUGUGAAGCGAAAUUCCAUCUAGAUCGUGUGGCCAAUGAUGGAGAGAAUUAUGUGCAGGACUCCUAUUUAAUGAUCAAUCCAAAUGAGGCUGAGCAGCAAGGGAGUAUGCCAGAUGAUCAAAAAGAGAUGCAUGACUAUUUGAGCAAAAGUGAGGGGAUUUUACAGGUUGAAGAGAGACUGAAACAUCACAAACAAUUAAUAGAGAAGCUGUGUGCUGAAAUUGAAAGAGAGGUACAUGGUAUAUGCACAGAAAAAAACGGAGAUGAUGUUCGCACAGAAGGAGCUGCUAAUGCUGAACUAGAAAACUCAAAUUUGGAAAGUGUAAAAUAUGAGCUGGAAAAAAGUAUGAAAGAUGGUCUGAGAAUCAACUCAUACCUGAGCUGCAUUCAGAAAGAACUUACAUACAGGGACUCACUGCUUCAAAAGAAGGAAAAAGAAUAUGAACUUCUUACAGAAGAAUUUAAUUUACUACAUGUUAAAGAUGACAUUGAAACUAGGCUUCCAUCAAAUGAAGAGCCAUCCAAGGGCAGUGGCAUCUCCAGUAACAGCAUUGCUGUUCCUGACUUUGUUCAUAGAGUGACUAAUCUGGACAUAAAUGAUACAGACUCUGACACUGGAAUCAGCUCUACGCACAGUCAGGACUCUGAAAUAACUUCAGGGGACAUGGUACUGUUGUCAACAUAGUUGAAAACAGUCAUGCAUUUAUGAAAAGUCAUGUUUUGGAGGAUAUUUAUAAGAAUUAGGAAACCUUGGUGUCUCGAGAGUUCAGCCCUUCAACAUGUUAAAACUGUGGCACUGCUUUAGCAAAGUAAACAGUGUCUAUUUAUGUGCUUAAUAGUAUGCUUGUGCUUAAAUGCAUGGGCAGUCUCAUGAGUUAACUGCUAACGGGUGCAAGGUUGUUGGCUUUGCUAAAUCAGGACAGACUGUUUAGACCUUGUAAUAUUGAUACUCAGUGAAACAGGAGCAUUCUGACUGGCUUGGACCAAAAGUUUGGAGAUUUGAUAUCCCCUAACCUUUGGGUCCACUUCUGCAUCUCUCUAACUUUUUAGGAAUGUGAAUUAGAGAUUAGACCAAACUAGACAGAGAGCUUGAUUUUCUGCUCUGUUACAUUAGCUUUAUUCAGCUGGAGUUUCCCUGCCA